AUGGUUGCUUGGAAUGUAAGAUGUCUUAAUGACCCUAUUAAAAUAAAAGAAACUAAGGUGUUUCUGCAGCAUCAUGGGGUGGAUUUCUGUGCUCUCUUUGAGACUAGAGUGAGAGAUCAUAAAGCUUCAACAGUUCAAAAGAAGCUUGGUAGUAACUGGAGUUGGGAGGAUAAUUAUGGUUUCUCUCCUAGGGGCAGGAUUUGGAUAGGCUGGAAGCCAGGGGUAGUUUCAGUUACUGUGGUUAGGAAGACAGAACAAUGUGUCAUGGUGCAAGUAGCAAGCUUAGAGCAGAAUCAACUCUUCUCUCUUAUUGUAGUGUAUGGUCUACAUACUAUUGCAAAUAGAAGGCAACUCUGGGUGGAUUUGAGGGAGAUGGUGGAUAAUGUUGCUUUCCCUUAUCUUACUAUUGGUGAUUUUAAUGCAGUUUCUCAGGCCUCUGAUAGGAUUAUUGGGACUCUUGUAAGUGAAGCUGAAACAGUGGAUUUUUCAAAUUUUCUUAUGGAGGUUGAGUACCUUGCUGAGGGGAUUUCAGAUCAUACUCCUUUGUUGGUGUCCUUCUAUACUAUUCAUGAGAGAGGUGGUAGACCUUUUCGUUUUAACAAUAUACUGGCUAAGGAUGUAAAUUUCUUAGCCACUGCUCAUAUAAAAGUUGAGGAGUUUAGAGCUCAACUUGCUAAUGUGCAAUCAAGGAUGGUUAACUGUGGUGAUGUGGAGCUCCAUCUGGAGGAGAAAGAUUUGGCUGCUAAUGGGGUUAUGUUGACUACAAGAGAUAAGAUUCAGGCUGAAAUUAUUGACUUCUAUACAAAGCUCAUGGACACUAGAGCUGGAUCUCUCCCUAGUAUUGAUCUGCACACAAUUAGAGCUGGAAGUAGAGAUGGAAAUGGAUCGGCUGGAAGGCAGUUGAGCUAUGAUGCUAGAGUUUUGCUUAGUCAACCGGUGACUCAUGCUGAAAUUGACCAAGCUCUCUUCAUUAUUGAUGAUAAUAAAGCACCUGGACUUGAUGGAUUUAAUGCUUUAUUCUUUACGAAUAGUUGGGAGAUUAUUAAAAAUGAUGUGUAUGAGGGUAUUGAAGAUUUUUUUCACUAUGCUUUUAUUCAUCAUCCCAUUAACAUCACUGCUAUUAUUCUGGUGCCUAAGAUUGCGCAUGCAUUACAAGCAAAAGACUUCAGGCCAAUUGCUUGCUGCUCAGUGUUAUAUAAGAUCAUAGCUAAAAUCCUUACAAUCAUAUUACACUCAGUUAUUAGUGAGGUGGUGAAUCCCUCUCAAGAUGGUUUUAUCCCAGGAAGAGCUAUAAAUGAUAAUAUUCUUUUAGCUACUGAGUUGAUUAAAGGCUACACUAGACUUCAUAGUGCUGAUGUUCGCUCAGUCACUAAGAUUAUGGUUGCUUUCACCAAAUUCUCUCAAGCCUCGGGUUUAGAGGCUAGCUUGGAAAAAAGCAAUAUUUACCUUGCUGGGGUUAGUGCUCAUGAGGCUACCCUCCUUGCUGAAGCUGUGCAGCUAACUAUUGGAGAUCUGCCUUUUAAAUAUCUGGGGGUGUCCCUCUCCUCAAAGAAGUUGAAUUAUUCACAAUGCAAAAUCUUGAUUGACAAGAUUACAGAGAGAGCUCAAGGUUGGGUUACUAAAACCUUAUCUUAUGCUGGUAGAUUACCGUUAGUGAGGAGUGGGUUGAGCACAAUGCAACACUAUUGGUUUCAGAUUUUUCCCCUAUCUAAGAAGCUUAUCAGAGUUGUGGAGGCAGUGUGUAGGAAGCACCUGUGGACACGUAAGACUUUAGACUCCAAGAAAGCACCUAUUGCUUGGAGUCAGUUCUACAAACCUAGAGCAGCUGGGGUUGGAAUUUAG